AGUAAACCAGGACUAAACCAGAACUAAACCAGGACUAAACCAGAACUUAACCAGGACUAAACCAGGACUCACUGUCGAAAUGUGCUCGGAGGUCCUUCCGUGUAGCCCCGAGUGUCCGCGGGCGAAAGGACCGGUGCAGAGCUUGGAGAAGAGGUACAUGCAGCCGUCGCGUUUUUCGGACACCUGCUCCGCGGGGCUCAGGGUUCGCUAUCUCUCUCUCUCUCCAAGAUUAGACCUGGUUUAGACCUGAUUUAGUCUGGGUUUAGUCAUGGUUUAGACCUGGUUUAGACCUGAAUUAGUCCUGACCCGCCCUUAAAAUUCCAGAACGUUAAAACUCGCCCGUUUCAGCAGAAGGUGAAGUCUGUCCACACCUACGAGAUCUGAAGGAGGAACGUCAACAACAUGCUCAGCUGAAAGACUCCCAUUCAGAGCUCCUCAAAGCUGUCACCGAGCUCAACCAAGAGAAGGUGAAUUUGAAGGAGGAGCUCGAAACGUUGACAAGAGUCGGUUCCUCAGGCCCUCGGAAAUUUUUUUUGAAAUCUUAUAAGAAGCUCAUGUCCGAAGAUCUGAAAAGUGUGGAGAACAGGUUAUCGGAGGAGCUUAGAGAGACAGAGAGACAACGACAGAGGAACACAGAACUGUUGGAGAAGAUGGAGAUUCUCUGUGAUGAACAUGAAAAGAUCAAACAGGAGAGAGCACAUCUGCAAGAGCAAAUCCAGCAGAUGCGUGAAGAGCUGCAGAAAGCCCAUGCCGAGCUGGAGAGCUCCACGAAGACAUUAGCAGAGGAGCAGAGGAGAAACCAACUUCUCACACGACUGAAGGACAAAUACGAACUCCACGACGAAGAAGAAGAAGAGAACGAGAGCGUGAGAGGAGAGGAAGAGAAGACGAAGGAGGAGUACGGGACAAACUAG